CUGCAAGCCAAAAUGCGCGAAAAGCUCGCCGCAGCCCGCUUCCGCCACCUCAACGAGACGCUGUACACGACGCCGUCGGCGCACGCCGCGCAGCUCGUGGCCAGCGACCCCUCCGUCUUCGCCGAAUACCACGCCGGCUUCCGGCAGCAGGUGGCCGUGUGGCCCGAGAACCCGGUCGACGGCUUCGUCGCCCUGGUGCGCGCGAGGGCCAAGCCCCUGCCCCGCACCCACGGCACUUGCACGCUUGCGGACUUGGGCUGCGGUGAUGCCGCGCUGGCGACGCAGCUGACGCCGCAGGCGGGGAAGUUCCACCUCAAGCUGCACAGCUUCGACCUGGCGUCGCCGUCGCCCCUCGUCACUACGGCAGACAUCGCGAACCUGCCCCUCGCGUCCAACUCUGUCGACGUCGCCCUCUUCUGCCUCGCCCUCAUGGGCACCAACUGGCUCGACUUCAUCGACGAAGCCUACCGCAUCCUGCGCUGGCGCGGCGAGCUCUGGGUCGCCGAGAUCAAAUCGCGCUUCGGGCGCUCCGCCCACCAAGGGGGGCACAAGCCCGGCGAAGCAGUCGCGCACUCCGUCGGCAAACGCCAGAAGAAAAAAGCCGCUGCCGCCGCCUCCUCCAAAGCCGGCAAACAGGCUGCUGCCGCCGCCGACUCCGCCGCCAACGACGCCGCCCAGGCAGCCGCCGAGGCCGAGCUCGACGGCGACCUCGGCGGCGCGGUCCCCACCCCUGCCGGGCAGGAAACAGACGUCAGCGCGUUCGUAGCGGCGUUGCGCCGGCGCGGCUUCGUGCUGGAUGCGCCGGUCGAGCGGCCGCAGGACGCCGUCGACCUCGGCAACAAGAUGUUUGUGCGGAUGCGGUUCGUCAAGGGCUUGCCGGCUCUGCGGGGGAAGAACGCCGGGCUCGAUGCCGACGGGAAGCCGGUGCUGCAGCAGGGGAUGCGCAAGCCGGGACGAUUCACGGCGGUCAAGGAGGACGAGGAGGCGGAUGAUGAGGCGGAUGCGAGGGUGCUGAAGCCGUGUGUUUAUAAGUUGAGGUAG